AGGGGUAAUGCGAGGCUCAUGGUAAAUAGAAUCGUAGUGAAUGCAAAACUUCCGGUGGAUAAUACAGUUGCAUGGCCCCACGCAGUGGCAAGUGUCAUCCAUGGAGUUUUUGAGUUUCGGGGUCCGCAAGCACACGCACUACCCAUUCACCACUUGUAACAGUUAUCACCAAGCCACACCCACUUUACUCCUCGUUUGUUUCCCUCAACUUAUAUAUUCUUCAUUCUUUCCUUCCCUACUUGACGAGUCUCUAUUAAUGUCUUGGUUUUAUUUAAAGUCUACUCUUUCAUCAACUGAAUAUAUUCUUGUCCUUCCAAUUCAUCUCACACCACUCGUUUACACAAAAGCUCUAGAAACAGAACCGAAAGAUUAAUAGUAUAUAAAAAAACCAAGGCAUUGAUUCCCUUGUUUGAGUUGAAGUUAUGUCCUUGUUUUCAAAAUGAUGCUACUUAUAUAAGACUCAACAACAUAAAUUCUAUGGUCUUUAUUCUACUUAGCAUUUCUUUUCCUCUUCCUUCUUGCUUUGUUGUGACUUGUUCUUUUCUUCCUUAUGUUUGAGGAUUGAUAUCAAGGUCAGAGGCAAAGUAAUGGAACGUGGGAUUCUUGAUGGUAUCAUCAAUAGGCUGCUUCAAGUGAGAGGGAGACCAGGGAAACAGGUGCAGCUUUCAGAGGCAGAAAUUAGGCAACUUUGUAUGGUGUCUAGAGACGUCUUCUUGAAGCAGCCCAAUUUGUUGGAACUUGAGGCUCCAAUUAAGAUAUGUGGAGACAUCCAUGGUCAAUAUUCCGAUCUUCUAAGACUUUUUGAGCAUGGUGGAUUUCCUCCUCGCUCCAACUACCUAUUCUUGGGAGAUUAUGUGGACCGUGGCAAGCAAAGUCUUGAGACAAUAUGUCUUCUUUUGGCUUACAAGAUAAAAUACCCUGAAAACUUUUUCCUUCUUAGAGGCAACCACGAAUGCGCAUCGAUAAAUCGUGUCUAUGGAUUUUAUGAUGAGUGUAAAAGGAGAUUCAAUGUGAGGAUAUGGAAAAUAUUUGCAGAUUGCUUCAACUGCAUGCCAGUGGCAGCUAUCAUUGAUGAAAAGAUAUUUUGUAUGCAUGGUGGACUCUCUCCUGAAUUGCACAAACUAAGUCAGAUUAGUAGUUUGCCGCGGCCAACGGAAGUUCCUGAAAGUGGUCUACUAUGUGAUCUUUUGUGGUCUGAUCCUUGUAGAGACAUUGAUGGUUGGGGUGAGAGUGAGCGUGGAGUUUCAUAUACAUUUGGUGCUAGCAGGGUGACUGAGUUUCUUGAAAAGCAUGAUCUUGACUUGAUUUGCAGAGCACACCAGGUUGUUGAAGAUGGAUAUGAAUUUUUUGCUAAUAGGCAACUUGUGACUAUCUUUUCUGCUCCUAACUACUGUGGAGAAUUUGACAAUGCUGGAGCAAUGAUGACAGUUGAUGAGACUCUUAUGUGCUCUUUUCAAAUAUUAAGGCCUGAGGAUCGUAGAAAGCCUAAGUCUGGUUUUGGCAGCAAAGCUACAUUCAAGGCUAGUACUCUAACAGUAAACUUAGUAUUUUAGUUCUUGGAACAAGAAUUUGCACAUUUUCAGUAAUGGAUUAUUAAAAUAAUGUUUUGGUAGUUUCUUCAUGUUAUUAAUAAUUGCACAAGUUAUAUUACUGACUGGCAUAACUAUUU